CACGCUCGCAUCGCAUUCAUCAAAAAGAGCUUAACACAUAAACCCAAAAUUUCAGUCAUAGUUUUCAGUUAUUUUUCACUCAUGGCAUUUUCAACGCAUGAGCAACAACAUCAACUACUAUCAAACCUUCACGGUGGUGCCACGUCAGCACCACCACCAACACCGUCAAAUAACACCAACAACCUCCUCUCAUCUCCCGACGCCGCUGACGCACUCUCACGCCUCCUCCACCGUCUCCCGCCUAAUCUCUCUCUCCCAAACCGCCGCUCAUCUUCAUCCGCCACGUCUCCUCCGUCACUCUCUUUUCCUUCAUUAACUCCCAACGAACUUCUCUCUUCCGUUUCCAAGCUCGGUUACGUUCAACUAACCGAUCACUCGGUCUCCUCCGAACUCGCCAACUCGGCUGAGUCGGAAUCGCUUAAACUAUUUGACCUUUCUCGUGACCAGAAGGAAUCGCUCUUCCCUCAAAACUGGCCUUUAGGUUAUGAUGGCGGCGACAAUGACGACGAUGACGGAAUCUCCGAGUCGUUCCGGUUGGACUCGUCGUGCUCUACGGACUCGGACGAGUUAAAACUGGAUUCUGUGAACGAGUUCGCACGCGCGCUUGAGAAGGUGGGUUUGAAUAUCAUUGACAUGUUAACAAAGGGUUUGGGAGUUGUGAAUCCGGUUGAAGAGGACCGAACCCGGUUCAGUUCGAUUAUGUGGAUUUCCGAGGGAAAUAAACCCGGUUCAAGAAGUGGGUUUUACCCGUUUAUUGUUGGGUUGCAGUAUCAGAUAAGGUGCCAGAAGCACUCUUUGUUGUCGGAUUCAAGUGGAUGGGUUUCUGUUUUGCCACACGUGGACUCCAUCUUAGUUACUGUUGGUGAUAUUGCUCAGGUGUGGAGCAAUGGAAAGCUAAAGAAAGUGAGAGGCAGGCCAAUGGCAACACUGGGAGAGGAAAAUGAUUCACGUUGCAUAACAAUGUCAUUGUUGAUAACUCUUCCGACAGAGAGCAAUGUAGCUCCACUUCUUCCCAUUGGCUUCAAAGACAAAGUUGAAGAUGAUGAAGAAGAAGAAAUCAACAUUGGUGGUGAAGUCCAUAAGAGGGUAUUCAACUCCAUUGAUUUUGAGGACUAUGCUUGGAGAGUUUAUCAUGAAAAUUUCUUAUUCAAGGAUCCAUUGGAUAGGUACCGUGUGACUUAAUCGAUGGAUUUUGCACUUCACUAGCUCAUAAUGUUGUUGUUUUAUAUUUUUUUUCUAGCUAUAUGUAAGUUUUUUUUUUGGGUGAGAUUUAUGAAUGUUUGACUUAAGAGCUUUUAAAUUUGGAUCAUAAAGAGGGGAGAAUUUAGAAUUGAGAGGAGUAAGUUGAGUUGUGUAUGCUCCAUUUAUUGAUUUGAUUGAUUUUAAAGAGCUUUUUGAGAACAUUGUCACCCAUUUUUGUUGAAGUAUAGUUUAUGAGCAACUCGGCAUAUGUACGCCAAUUUGGUCCCAGGAAAAAAAACACGUGUGACAAUAUUUAAUAGGAAGCGGCUUCAAAUAU